UUUCACAUCUCAAUAAGUCUCCUAGAUCUCUAAAACAAGUAUCUUAGAGGAAGCUGGAAAAAAGAAAUUCAUCGAUGGAAGAAGCAAAAUCGAGAAAGCUAGGUGGCUCUUUGAAAGUUCCUAACGUUCAGGAACUGGCAAAGCAACAACUAGCAGCUGUUCCACCGCGAUAUAUUCGUGAUGAUAUCGAAAAGCCUGUGUUGUCAUCCUCUUCUAUAUUAUUGCCUCAAGUUCCAGUUAUUGACAUGAAAAAACUGUUGGAAAUUGGAGAUGAUGAUUCAGAGCUUCAGAGGCUUCAUUUUGCUGGCAAAGAAUGGGGAUUUUUCCAGUUGGUGAAUCAUGGAGUGAACUCAACAUUGGUGGAGAAAGUAAAGUCAGAAAUCCAAGCAUUUUUCGAUCUACCAAUGGAAGAGAAGAAGAAAUUCGAGCAAGAAGAAGGAGAUCUCGAAGGAUAUGGACAAGCCUUUGUUGUAUAUGAAGAACAAAAGUUAGAUUGGGCAGACAUACUUUACAUGAUCACUCUCCCUACUAAUUUGAGAAAACCUCACUUGUUCCCAAAGCUCCCUGCUUCACUUAGGGAUGCACUGGAACAAUACUCAGCAAAAAUGAAGGAACUUGCCAUGAAAAUUAUGUCCAAAAUGGCAAGAGCAUUAGGGAUGGAAGAUGAAGAUAUGAAUGUACUUUUUGAAGAAGCUGGGACACAAAUGAUGAGAAUAAAUUAUUACCCUCCUUGUCCUCAACCAGAGCUUGUAAUGGGCUUAUGUCCUCACACUGAUGCUAUUGGUCUUGCCAUACUCCUUCAAGCUAAUGAAACCGAAGGUCUUCAAAUUAACAAAGGUGGAGCUUGGAUUCCUGUUCCAUAUCUUCCUGAUGCCUUUGUUGUCAACAUUGGAGACAUUUUAGAGAUUGUGACAAAUGGAAUUUAUAAAAGCACAGAACAUCGAGCAAUGGUUAAUGAAGAUAAGGAGAGAAUCUCAAUUGCUACAUUUUUGAGCCCCAACAUGGAUGGUGAUUUAGGUCCAGCACCUAGCCUCCUCACUCCUCAAAGCCCUGCACAAUUUAGGAGGAUUGAAGUUGCUGAUUACUUCAAGGGAUAUUUCUCUAGUGAGCUCGAUGGAAAGUCAUAUGUCGAUGCUAUAAGGAUUAGAAAUGGAGAUAAUGGGAGCAACUGAAUGUUGCAUUUUGUAUGGCUUUUUUAAAAAUGCACGCGUUCUAGUAUAAUCUACAUAAGAUAAGUAAAAUACCUUUCGUUUUGGACUGAAUUUUGUGCUUGAUGAAGUUGGAAUUAUUUCUUUGAAUGUA